UGCAAGCAUGUUGUAUGAUUCAUUGUGUUCCAAAUCCAAACCAAGCAUGUACCUUUCCUUAUCUGUCUUGGUACCAAAGCUGUUUGUUUCUCCAUCCUUUUUCCAGAACCCCAAGUAACUUUGACCCACCAUUCUCUCUCCUCAUUUUCUCACUCCAAAUUUAUUUUAGAUUCUACCAUUACUUACUAUUUGUACCAACCAACACUCACUUCCAACAAUCUCUCUUUUAAAAACAACAAGACAAAGCAACCCCUUACUUCUCCAUCAGAUCUCUUUUUCUUUACACAAACCCACGAAUGCUGCUACUCAACAAAACGCUAUCACAACACCUAAAACGACGUCGUAUGUAACUCCGUCAAAUGAGGUGCAAGAAACAUAUUUCAGAUUUCAGCAGCAGCGUCGGCGUCUGCGCUACCUGUCUAAGGGAACGCCUCAUAAUCCAUUUAGAAGCCCAGGCCCAAACUCAAGCCCAAUUAACCAGACUCACCUCACGCGCUUCCGAAGAAUGUUCUAGAAACUCUGAAACUAAUCUUCCGCCUCCGCUGAUAUUUCCACGCUCCGUUUCUCCUUACGUCUCUCGCCGGAAAUCUGAUUACGCUAACGGCCACGGAGACCGCCCUGAAACACUGUUUUACAGCACUCCACAGCUUGGUCCGGCCUUCUACGCCGGCGAUUGCGCCGUGAAUUCCAACUCGAGGUCGUUGAGGAAGCGUUUGAGUAAGUUUUGGAGAAAUUUUAAGUCCAGAUCGGAGAAAUUUCAAUCCGAUCCGUCUUGUGAGUCUUCAUCAGCGUCGCCUGCGUGGUUCUCUUCGAUUUUCCAUGCUCGACGGAACCGGAAGAAUCAAGACCGAACUGUUAUGACGGAGGAUUUUUCCGUUGGAGCACGGCGAAGAUACCGUCAAUCAGAUCGAGGAAUGUCGCCGGUGAGAACCGAGGAAUUUACCGAUGAAUGUGAUCAGUGUCCGUCUGGUAGUGGCUACUCGUCGGAGUCUUCUCCGUGGUGGAAGAGAACGCCGUCGUCAACGACUUUCACGGCACGGCGUUCCCGGUUCGGGUACGGGAAGAGUGGGUCAGGUUCGGGUAUUUUUUGCAUGAGUCCUCUAGUUUGGGCAAGUCCGAACCGGAGGUGGAACAACAAGGGAUUGCCACCGGAGAUGGCUGCGUCGGGGGAUGUUAGCAAUACGCCGGCGAAGCCACACCUCUCCGCAGCGGCGUCGUUUUGUGCGAACCGUUCCCGGAAACUUGCAGAUUUUGGAAGAGUCAACCAUAACCGUUGAUUUCGUUGACCUUUUCUUCGUGACACGGUGAUUUGAUUUUUCUUAUAUUUUUGUUGCGGCGUUGUGCACAUUUUCUUCUCAGUACGAAAGGAGAAAAAACAAUUUUUUUGUGGUUUUUAAUUCUAUUAUUUGUAUACAGUGUCAAUUACAUGAAAAACAAAGUCUACGUUUUCUUUUGUACUUUUUUUUUAUUUUUACCAUAUAUAUUUAACAUUCAAUGAUUUGAUUUUGCAA